AAUUUUAUUUUCUGUUGCAGGGAUACACACCGCUUCAUAUAGCAAUGCAAUUUGAUCAUGAGAAUAUUUUCAAUCUUUUGGUUCAAGUUUAUGGCGCAAAUCAAGAAAUUCGUGAUUACAGUGGGAAAAAAGCAAGACAGUAUCUAGUUUCUCAAGAGGCUGCGGUUAGUCAAGAUACCUUUCGCAAAAUAAAAGCAAGGAAAAAGCAUGCAGAGAAAGAUCUUGGUUUUCUACGUAUUGGAUCGCUGAACGUACGCGUCAAACGCACAACGGAAGCCUUCAGCCAAUUCCUGGGUGUGGCCAAUAAUGAAAAAAUACACAAAAGUUUUGGUUCUGCUGAUAAUAUUCAGCUCGAUAAAUUGAUGCCACCGCCAAAAUAUGGAAUUAAAAAACGUCGAAGCAGAAGAGCACAGGAUUUCACAUUGUCUAGGAACCAACAUUCUACCAGCCAACCAAGUACACCAGUUUCACAAGGAAAGGUUUUGAAUUAUCGACAAAGACAUGAGAAUCGAAGACCAGCAUCCACAAUAUCCACUAUUUCUACAACUGUACCCACGUCACCUACGACAUCAAAUCCACAGAAUGAUUCAGAUUCUGACACAGCUGGUUUCGAUUCCGCUUGGCGUGGUGGUGGUUCUCACACUUAAAAUUUACAUUUCAUUUCAUUUAUAAAAUAUUGAUGAGAGCAAUAUUUAUUUUAAACUAUAUAUAUAUAUAUUUGCUACACAUCAUUCUAUUUUUUGAGAUAUAAACUAAGUUAGUAGCGAUAUUAACUUGAGAAACGUUUAGCACAAAAAAAAACUCCCAAUAUUCAAUUGAAUUUGAAUUGAGUUUGUUUUACUUUUUUUUUAAUACUCUUAACAUUUUAUUUGAUAUAUAGAACAAUUUAGUUGGAUUUAUAUUUUAUUUUAUUUGACUUUUUAUAAAUUAAAGCCUUGAAUAUUUUUUUACGCGAAAAAGAAUGAAAAAGAGGCUACUUUUAAAUAUAUUUAACUUGCCUACGUUAUUGUAUAAUAUUACUUUUAUUUAUUUCUUUUUGCUAUGUUAAUAAUUGUCUUUUAAAUUAAUUAUAGUAAUCGAAAACUAAACAGAUAGGGAUAAAGAAUAUAAAUACUAUUGUGUAAAUACGUAAAUGACAUUCUAAUGAAAAAGAAAUAUAUUUUUCGUUUUUA